AUGGCUCUCCGGCCUGCCAAAAGGCAGCGCAGAUCCACCAUCGUCCUCUCGGACGACAGUGAUCAAGGCGAGCAACCUCGCGCAAAGACACAGAAAUCAAGCCACCAGCGUGAGAUUACUCUUGAUGGCAGAACCUCCCAGAACGUAUCACCGGUAAAGACUCCGAAAGGGAAGGCGGUUGCAAAGAAGGGCCCUGCGCAGAAAUCGCCCUCACACUCGUCCCCCGAAAAGCAAAGAAAGACCACAAGAAUCAAGGCUGAGCCAGAGAAGUCCGGGUCUCUGCAUAACUUCUUCAGCAAAGCUACAGCAGAGGAGAGAUGGAGGAAAAAGUCUGUGACGCCGGAUAUAGACGCAGAGAAUGGAGAACUGCUCGACGCAAUCGAGGAUGACGAUCUCUCUGACGAUACGUUGCAAGAGCUGGGUCUCAAGACGAACACAGGUGGCCCCGCUGCGGACAGACGAAAGCCGGCCAUCUCUGCUACCUCUGGUCCCAGUAACAGGAGCAUUGGCACCAGUUUCCCGGCGAGCCAGCGAUUUGUUCGCCCAUCCGACAUGAAUCGGCCGUCCUCGAACGAUGUGAAUCAAACGCAACCGGAGGAGGGACAUCGACCGUGGGCCGAUCGCUAUGGACCGAAUAGUCUUGAAGAGCUGGUAGUGCACAAGAAGAAGGUCUCGGAUGUCCAGAACUGGCUCCAGGGCAAAAUCGACGGCCGGAAUGGCCAAAAGAUCCUUGUCCUGAAAGGGCCCGCUGGGAGCGGCAAGACGACAACGUUGUCACUUCUCGCGAAAUCAAUGGGGUUGCAACUGGUCCCGUGGCACAAUCCCACAGCCUCAGAAACUGGAAGCAAAAAUUCGGUUGCGGCUCAGUUUGAUGAGUUCUUGAAUCGAGGCGGUCGAUUUGGUAGUCUUGUAUUUGGCGAUGACUCAACCCAGUCCGAUGUGUCGAAACAAGACUCGGCUCAUCGUGUUCUCGUGAUCGAAGAGUUCCCUGCCACCAUGGCCCGACUAUCCGGUGCUCUCCAAUCAUUCAGAUCAGUGAUUCUUCAAUACCUAGCACGAAGUCGAGCGGCUUCUACGGCUACUCUGCGAGGACAACCAAGCCCUGACCACGGUUCUCCUCCUGUGGUGAUUAUUAUUUCAGAGACGCUGCUUUCUUCAUCCACGGCUCUGACGGAUAGUUUUACGGCGCAUAGGCUGCUCGGCCCGGAGAUCUUGAACAAUCCAUAUGUCACGGUGAUGGAGUUCAAUCCCGUAGCACCGACAUUUGUCACGAAGGCGCUGGAUAUUGUCAUGAAAAAGGAGGCAAGAGACUCUCGAAGACGGAGAGUACCAGGGCCGGCGGUCAUCCAGAAACUAGCAGAGAUGGGCGAUGUCAGAAGCGCCGUCAAUUCGCUCGAGUUCUUGUGCUUGCGAGGCGACAACAACUCUGAAUGGUCUGGAACAGUGGCCGCCAAGGCCAAGAAGUCGUCCAAAGACAAUGUGCCUUUGACCGACAUGGAAAGGGAUUCUCUUCAGCUGGUGAGUCAGCGGGAGACGACACUUGAUAUGUUUCAUGCAGCAGGGAAAAUUGUGUACAACAAACGUGAAGAUCCUCGAGUCCUCGAUACACGAGCAGAGCCUCCACCCAAGCCGCCGGACCAUCUCAUGCAUCUGUACACACCCAAGGCGUCUCAGGUCGACAUCGAGGCUCUACUCAGCGAGACUGGCACGGACAUUCAAACGUUUAUUUCCACGUUACAUGAGAAUUACAUCCUCUCGUGUAGUGGCGACAAGUUUGAAGAGUGCUUCGAUGGAUGUUCCGACAUGCUCUCGGUCAGCGACGUGCUGAAUCCUGAAAGUCGGCCUUCCCAACGUGCCAGUUGGAACCCGUACGCUUCGAUCAUCCAGGCGAAUCUACAGGCAGGGUCAUCGGAUACGCUCCGGCAAGAUGAGAUCAGUUUUCAAGUUGCCACAAGAGGCCUGCUGUUCAGCCUUCCAUACCCGGUGAAUCGAGCGUCUCUGCCAGGUGGGAAAAAGGGGGAUACGUUUAAAAUGUUCUACCCGGCCAGCCUGAGACUGUGGAAACCGACAGAGGAGAUGGACAGUUUGAUCGAGAUGUACGUGAAUGGUGACGGCUUAGGGACGGGCUCGGGCGGGGCUCUGUCGCACAAAGCAUCGAGUACUGUCGGUGACGGUGGCGUGGCGACCUGGCGGACAAGGGCUUUUGGUGGUGCAGAUACGUAUUCAGGGAUCGAGAGUGGGUCUGGAGCUGACGAUGACGAUGAUGAGCGCGAAAGGAGACAGAUCAGGUACGCCAAAGAUACGUUGACGCUCGAAGUGUUGCCGUACAUGACCCGGAUCUUUGCCACGACGAGCAAGGACACCGGUGUUCUUGAACGCAUUACCACCUUUAGACCGAAUGUAUUCUUGUCUCCCGCUGUUGGAGAUCAAGGACCCGAAGACGACGAUGAGAAUGAUGAUGUUGUUGCCGGUGCCGGUGCUGGUGCCGGUGGGGACGCGACCGUCAACACGACUGGGAGCGGUUCAGUCUCAACCGCGGCAUCGAGAUUGUCUGGAUCAGCGAGCAGGCGAACUGGGGCAGUCCCGUCACCAUUAAUGCCACACACUUUUCGCAAGAAUGAGACGACAUCUUCAAAUGGUGCGCGUCCGCGUCCUGGCACCGGGGAUGGCGUUGAUGGAAUUGAUCUCGGCGCUGUGGAAAAGCUGUACAUCUCAGACGACGACAUAGAAGACGACUAG